ACUUUGGACGGGAAACACACAUGCAAAAGUAAUUUAGGAUCGUGUUCUAAGUACUAGAAGUCACAUUUUAUUUCGACUUCCAUUUAAUAUCGCGUAAGCAAUUUGUCUCAGUAAAAUUAAGAUUUAUAAUACUAUGCUUUUUUUCAUCACAGUGCUCGAGCAGCUCCAAAGAAUGAUAUAACAUCCUACAUUUUAACUGAACAUGGCUGCUUUCUAUGCCGAUUGGUAGAAUGGAUUUGUCUGAUUAAAACAAUAUAUCGAUGUAUUAUAUACAGGUUACAUGUCCUUUCUGGCAACUAUGGUUACAUUAAAUUGACAUUAGUUUGAAUGUGAAUCGGCGCGAGAGCACCAAGUGAGGUCUUCCUUACCAGUCUGUGAGUUGGUGGUGCCUUGUCGGCAGAGUGCCGCUGGAGGAGUCCGAGCAUUAUUGCACUACGGCAAGCGUAGCUGACUUGCUUUGUUAAAGUAUAGUUAACUCUAGCCAUUCCUUUCGCUAUUUUAACACGGAACGUUACACAGCUCAAUUAUUUCCCAGGUGUAUGAUGCUGUAAAGCUCUUAUGAAUCGAGCUAAUUUUGAAAGCUACCAGGCUAAGUCGCUAACUCAGCUAGCUUGCUAGCAUAUAGCUAUAGCCACAUGUUACAUUGAAGUUUCCGUUCUCUUCGCGUCCACUCAGACAUAUAACGCUAUGUCAACAUGGCACGAAGGAAAGAAGUAUUUCACUCAAAAGUACUCCAGAGGCUUUACCCUGCACCUCCCAAACUGAAGAAGGAACCCAGCCCACCACGCAUUGUAGAUGCCCUGUCCCAAAACAAACAUGUGGAAAGAAAUGCCUCUCAACAGGACACUGCCAUUGGAGAUGCAGGGACAACACAAAGUGCAGCCAAUCUGGGCAGGCGGAUGUACACAGCCCUUCCUCCUCCGGCAGACUACAAGACGGAUUCAGAGAAAUCCGUCACACUCCCUCAGUUAGAAAGCAUAAAUAGUGCAGAGGACCCAGCUGAGGAGAGCGUCCAGGAUGACAGUGAAGAACUAGACCAAGAUCAGGAGGAAGAAGAACGGAGAAGGAAAAGGAGGAGAAGGAAAAGAAAACCAAGCAUCCAUCACGACUCUGGGAUAGAUGGAACCGCUCCAGUGCGUGAGGCCGGCACAUGUCAGAGUCAGACACCGGUGGAUGAGGGAGCGGAGCACAUUAGCAGGAACAAGAAAAGGAAGCUGAAGAAGAAACGGCACAAAGAGAAGCUGCUCUCCAUGGGUCUGAUGCCUCGAGCCGCUGCCCUGGAGUUCACAUACCGAAAAGAUGGGGAGGAGGAGAAGGAUGAGGAAGAGGAGGAGAGAAGAGCUGCUGAGGUGUCAGACUUCCUCAGGACAACAAUGGAAAUCUAUAUGUCUGAUUACUCUUUGCGUCGAGACAAGCUUCCCCUCCUGUCUGGGACAGUUGAUGACCUUCUGAGCAGCAUGGCCAGCGGAGGCCAGACCACCUCUGUACUGAAGCAGCUCUACAGUCUCAAGGCUUUUGUUCAGCAGCAACAGACAGACAAACUGGAAAAGGCACUGGAGGAAUUCUACAACACUUCUCCUUUGUCUGCAGAGGAAACCACUGCAGUCGCUUCACUCUUCCAAUACUGGAUCACAGACAUUCUUCCCGUGCAGGGAGACAAGAAGACGGAGCUUUCUACUGAAGCCCCCUCGAGACAGUGAAUCACACUGAAACAGAGACUCUACUGAAGGAUUAUUUUGACUAUGAUCCAUAACUUUAGAAAGUUAUUUUGAAAUGUCCUGCUCAUUGCAUUUCACAAUGUUGGACUUUAAAUUAUGCUGCAGAAAAUAUUUGUAUUAUUAAAUAUUUUUUCCCAUUUGA